AUGACUGAUUUAUUCAAAAGUAAAGAAAAUGAAUUCUACAUUGAGCUCUCCCAAGAGAGAUACUACUUUCCUGGAGAGGACAUAUCGGGCGAUGUCAUCCUCGAUUUGAAAAAGGCUACCAAAACAAACAACAUUCGAGUGACAUUAGAGGGCAUGGUUGAGAUUGGAGGCAGAAGCAUGCUCCUAUUCACCAAGUCUGCUCUUAUAGCCGAAUCGCCAGAAGGAGAUCAGAAAUCGCAUUAUCUCGAGCCACAUACACAUCGAUUCCCAUUUCGAAUGACAAUUCCUAGCUCAAAGGACUGCAAAGUGCCCAGCACAUUGGAAAUUACUAAACUGUUAAAAGUGAGUUAUCGCCUGGUAGCCAUUUACAACAAAGCAUACACAUUGGAGAAGUUUUGUCCAACAGCGAGUGUAUCUAUCAACAUUUUGGAGGACAUCAAUGUGGAUAAAGCAGAAUUUGCAGGAGAACAACGAAUUGAGAAGGAAUUGCUUUUAAGUGGAGAAACGACUAGAAAAGUACGAGUUUCUACUGUGGUCGCUAAACGUGCUGCUGUGAAAGGUGAUGUGAUUCCCAUUUCUGUGACAAUAGAGCACAUUGGUGUCAUGGUGAGGGACAAGGCACUGUCAAUUCAAUUAUUAAGAUCAGUCUAUUACGGCAGAAACAAAUCUGAAUUAUUUGGUCCAAAAGUCAUUCGUCAAAUCACUUCGAAUAUUGAGAUACCAGGCCCUAUCAGUUUCACAAAGACAUUUGAUAUGCAGUUGCCAAUUCCAUCCAGCAUCUGCCCUACUGUUGAUAAAUCAGGUUCGACAUUUAAGAUUGAGUACAGUUUGCGAGUGACCAUCAACCUAAAUGAGGAAAACCCACACCGUCCCGAAACAGCGGGCGAUAUUGUCAUCUUCAACGUGCCGUUUGUCAUUGGAACAUAUCCUAAGCUUGCGUUCAACAUUGACGACGAUGAUGAUGAAGAGGAACAGAGAGUGGAGGAGGAGGCGGAGGAGGGCGCAUCACAGCAAGAUGACAGCAGCAACUCUUUGGAGUAUGAGCAAGUAGCCGAGAAAAUGAAGGAUCUGGAUUUGGGCUCGGAUGUCAAUUUACCUGCACUGUUGCAGCAAUCGCCAUCCAUCAAGCAUACCAAUUCCAUCACUCGCAUUGAUCCCACUAUUGCAUCUCCUCAGCCGUCUUUUGAGUCAAUCCAGAAACCUGUCCCUGAACCUGCUGUGAACAAGCCAAAUGAGAUCUCACAUCAAGCUCAAGCUAUUCCACCGCCAUUAGAUAGAAUGCCAAGUAUGAGCACCGCCACCACUACACACCUUCCUACGCCUAAAUUAGAAAACGCCUCAAAAUCAGGAGAGCAAGUUGAGCCAUCCUCACCAAAACCACUUUAUUUACAUGACCAGCCCACCAACAAAUCGCCUCCACUCUACUGCAAACAAAAUUUGGCCACCAGUGGUAACACACCUCCUCCUGAACACUCCACAUUGGUACCAUCAUCUCCUUCCUACAAAGCUAAACUCAAGAUUGCUCCAUCAGAAAUCUACAACGACUACCAGCCAAUGGUAUCUCCUACAGCGGGUAACCCUACUUCACCAUUGGUAUCGAGACAUGAUAGUGUUGCUUCGUUGCAUCCCUCCCCCAGUACAACAACGAGCAGUACUGUGGGUAUUGGAAGACAGGAAUCUGUUCGUUGGAUUGUCAGAAAUCAAGAUGCCCCCACACCCGCUGUUGUAUCGCCUCAGGUUCCACCUCGACCAACGCCUUCGGUAAGCAAUCAAGACAGUGCAUUCAUGAUGCCUACGCCUUGCUUCAGCGAGUCAACAUCGACACAGACAACGCAUCAUUCGCCAUCUUAUCAUCAUAAUCAUAAUAACACUUAUGGUGCCUCUCCUCUACCUCCAUCCUUGUUACAGCAAUUCUACAAUCAUGGUAACAAUGCAAUGCCAAUGCCGCAACAACCACAGCCACAACACCAUCAAUUUCCUCCCUAUACGAAUAAUCACUAUCAUUACCCAGAUGCCAAUUCAUAUAAUCAUCACACUUCUCCCCCACCGCCACCAUCAUACCCACCAUCAUAUCCUGGCGCCACCGGAUUUCCUGAACCGCAACCACAACCAUUUUCAGGUGGUUUUAUGGGUAUGCCGUCUCAUCAAAAUUAUCAACCUCAACCUCAAUAUCCGUUCUAUAACAAUUAG